UGUGCACUGACAACAAACGCCUUUCUUUGCAAAGUGCUGUUCUUGCCGAAACUUAGUAAUACUCCAAAUAUACGAUUUCAAGUUAUUGUAUGCCUUAUUAUAUAUUUUUUUACCACAUAAGUGACCUCCAGUACUAAUUUACUUUCACUCAUGUAUGUGCAUGAUAUUUAACUUUACAGGAAAUUUAAUGCGAUUGGUUAGCACCAACAUGAAACCGAAAGUGAGACUGACUUAAUGCAGAGAAAAACCGACUCGGUCAAAAAACAACCAUCCGUUUUCUUGACAGCAAUACAGCACUAAAUGUGCAGUUGUGUACUGCUUCACAAAUUAAAAAACCUAUAGAUUACCAUGGCUGAUAUUUUGACAAUAUACAAACUCUCCUUGAUCCUCUUUACGAUCCUGCGAGCCUGUGGGACGAGUUGUCCUGUCCUGGAGUGCUGGUUUGUCCAGGAGAAGCCAGGAGGGGGUUUCCCUGCAGCCAUGACCCAGGAGAAAUCCAUUCUCUACAUUAGCUCUGACACAGUGGACAGGACAGAAGCAGAACCAACCCGACGCCCCCCUGCAGAUAUCAGUCCAUCUAGAAUAUACCAUAUCUCGGACCCAAGUGCCACAAUGUGCAGAUCAGCUCUCCAUCCACCACAGGGCUCUGUGAAGAAGCCCCAGUGUGAAAUCAAUCCCUUCCUGCCUCAGCCGGCUAUGGUCCAGUGGGCAGCUCCACUCACCAGCGCGGCCCUCAGCCCAGUCUACCUGCAGGCCGACUGGUCCUCAGUAGCCUUGCAGGGCCUGGAUGGACAGUUGGUCCUGUCCAAUGUGAUGCGGGCUGCAUCAGCGACCAACAAGCCUAACGUGAUCCUCUCUGUGUUCAGUAAAACUGCCUCCAUCCGCUCCCGACUGGGUGUGCCGGUGUCGCUGGACUGUGGCUUCUGGGCAGACCCAUCCUCGCCUCUCUCGGGGUCGGGCUUCUCAGUAGAGUGGCGCUACCAGUACAGAGGAGAGGGGCGACUGGUCUUGGCCUAUGAUGGCAAGACCGACCGGUAUGCUGAAACCUCGGAGAAGGGGGCGGAGCUAAAUUUCACCGCCUUGCACCAGACGAGGAACGCGUCACUGUUGCUGGAGGAGACCCAAGUCAGACAUUCUGGGACCUAUAUUUGCACCAUCUACCUCCCGUAUCUCCUGGCCCAGGUGGCUCUGGACUUGGAGAUACAGGAGCCCCCCUCCAUUUCCAUCUCCCCCUCCCCCCUCCCUGUCGUUAUCCCUGGGCAGUCCGUCUCCGUGCAGUGCGACGCCUCUGGCUUCGCCCCGCUCUCGCUGCAGCUGCGCUGGGAGUUCCUGGGGGCGGAUGGUAAGGUGCAGGUUCUGGGCGAAGGCAGGAUGUCGGGUCACCGUCAGGCCUCCGAUGGCACCUUCAGCCAGAGCUCCUGGCUGGACCUGGACACGAACCGCUUGGACCUGGGCCGCGGCGGGGAGCUGGCCUGCGUGGCGGUGCACUCUGGCGGGACCCGGAGGGUCAGCGCCACUGUCAACAUCGUUGGAGUGAGCGCCCCUUCCAUAGAAGACUCAAUGGCUAUGGUGGCUGUGGCCCUGGGUCUCUAUGGCCUGAUCAAGGUCUUCUCCUGGACAUUUGGCUCCUUUGGAUCUGGUAACGGCGAUUCAGAAGACAAGAAACAAAAUUGAACCAGAGGAAACAAAGAUGGAUGGAGAUGCUGAGAUGUGAAUGCAGUUCUGCUAUAAAUACAUCAAACCGUUUUGGUCAAUGGGUAUACAAUGGUCUACAACUCUCAGUCUAGAAGUUGUUUUAUUUUUGAAUAAAUGUCUGGUAUCUAAAAUACAUCACAAUACCAUAUUUUAAAAUUUAAUUCUAAUGUAGAGUGUUAGUGGGAGGCUGUGAAUGUACUGUGUGUAACGAUUAUUGUUUUGAGAAAUUUUUAUUUUUUUAAGAAUGUGGUAAACUGAUGUGUAUAGGGUUUAAUCCCUCAGAGGAGUAGAUGGGCACACAAGGAAGGCGGCAGAGAAAAUGAUUUGAGUCACCAAAACCUUGGGGACUUAAUGGAGCCAUUCAGUGAGAUGAUCCUGGAUGUCACCCAGCACCAGCAUGUGACAACUUCUUCAGUUUUAAUUAAAUCUGUGUACAUUUUUCUGUCAUUUCAGUUGUGUGCAAUUUGUCUUUAACAGUUUGAACUCCUAAUUUAGUUAAAUUCUUCCUUUGUUUUCUACUUUUGGACAUUUUCAUUGUUGUUGGCAAGGGCGUAACUUUUUGGCUGGAACAUUGGGGGGGUCGAGGUCUCCACCCAUUACAGGGGUAACAUGAUUAUUGGGGGGGUUAUAUUGGCUGGAUCUGAUUAUUGGGGGGGGGGUCAUGACCCCCCUAACCCCCCUGGAAAUUACGCCCAUGGUUGUUGGGUAGAUUUCUUUAAAGACGUUACUGUUAAAGCUGCAGUCGGUGAGACAGUAGAGAUUUAAGUGAACACAAAUAAAAUUUCGAAAUGUUAAAAUUAAA